AUGAAUCUCACCUACGAUCUGUCCAUGCGCCAACAACCCAAGCAUUCCAGGAUGUGCGGCGUUGGUAGCAAGGCGGAUAGAAGACCAAUUGAUCCACCGCCGAUUGUCCAGUUGAAGGUCUUCUCGCAUCACAAUUCACUCAAAAUGCGCCAAGAUUUGUCAUUCAACCACCUCCAAUCACCGUACUUCUUCGUCUACUGCAGCCUAGCCAGUGAACACAGCGACCACGAGCUACACCUGCUCUCUGAAACCAAAACGAGGUACACGACGGGCAAUGUCACCUCAUCUGUCUACUGCCUACGUGAUCUCGACCUCUCCGAAGUUCUUGUCGCUGUUUUCCCGGAUGUCAGCGUCAGAGUUGAAGGCAGAUUCAGGUUAAAGUUUAGUUUGUUUGAAAUUUCCAACUCUAAAACAUUCCACCGUAAAUCCCUCUUCUCGAACCCUUUCACCGUCUUCUCUGCUAAGCGUUUCCCCGGCAUGGACCAGUCGACCGAGUUGUCCCAGUGCCUAGCAAACCAAGGCCUCAAGAUUCGCAUACGCAGGGAUAACCGCCGUGACAGACGCAAGUCCAGUAAGCGUUACUACGAGGAUGAUGAUGAUGUUGGUGGCAGCAACAACAGUGGACACAGUGCGCCCACAACAAAUUCCCCUCCCCACUCUCCCGCUCUCAACCCAAACAUCCUCUCUUACCCCUCCCAAUCCUUCAAGAGACCCCUCGCACCACUGCCCUCUAGACUCGCCAAUAUACCCCCCAACACGGCACCUUUCAACGACCUCAGUGGUGGCAGUGUAGACAGCGGUAGUGGCAGUGUGCAGACUGCGCAGACUGCGCAGACUACCCAAACCAAUCAAGCUACUCUCCCACACACUCACAACCAGCUCACUCUCCCCACUCUCCCCACAUUCCCCAGUCUCGCUAACCUCCCCACUCCCACUCUCCCCCUCGAGAGGAGUGCGAGCAGUGGGCAAUUAGGGCCCAUGCUGGGGAGGGGUGUACAGGGUGCACCAGUUACUCCAGCUACAUCAGCUAAUCCUAUUACAGCUCCCACUCCCCAGCGUAUCCACUCCACUCCCACCAUGUACAGACCACAUGCCGCGAUAACACAUGCACACCCACCGCCCCGACCGCCUUUGGGACACACACACACACAACCCACAUCCAGUGUGCACCAGCGGAGCAAUUUAAUUGGCAGUAGCAGUAGCAAUAGCAAUAGCAAUAACAGCAAUAGCAAUACCGACACCAACACCAACAGCAUAUCCACGUCCACUUACCCUUCACACUCCUCUCAGACAGGCAUACCACCUCCCCCUCCCAAAUUACAAACCCCGCCCAGCUUAGCUGCCCUACCCUCCUUACCCUCCUUACCCAACCUGCCACGGAUACAACUCCCUCCUAUACGCGAUCUCAUCAAGCCACUCCAGGCAACGCAGACCCAGCCAGCACAGCCAGCACAGCCACAUCCUCAAUCUCAUACUUACCCCCAGCACACUCCCCCCUUCAAUCCGAGCAAUUUCAAACCACCCAACCAGAGGUGA